AUGACAGCGCGCGAGUGUUUCAACGGGUGUCUAGUGAGGGUGAUAGUGUUUGUCGUGGUUCUUAGUUUUGGGGCUGGAUACGAGAACGAUAGAGAAAGUAGAAAACUGUUCGGUGGCUACAGAAUAACGCCGUCCUACUGCAAGGCAAGCCGCGCAGCAAGAUACAAUAAGGGAAGCACGAUAUGUAUGUUUAACCACGAAUGCGUCAAACGAGGUGGUGAGGUAGUAGGUUCUUGUAUGGAUGGAUUCCUCUUUGGUGCGUGCUGUCAACUAAAAUCAGACAGCCAGUCACAUAUACCAAAAGGCCCAGGUGUCGUCAUGACCAGCUAUCUGGAUUACCCAGAUCCAGAAUCCGAGACCGACGACUACGACGGAGAACAACUCAGCGCUUGGCAUAACAGCUUCAAGCCAGUCGUGACUCCAGGGUACCGACCCAACGUCGCCACAUCCACUAUGAAAGCCGAGCAAGACCUAAGUACAGAAGCACAGAUCAUAUCCGAUGGAUUAAGUCAAAUCACAAAUACAUUGUUGAGCACACCGCCCAAAGACAACAUAGUUUAUAUAAAACCUAAACCGGAAAAUAUCUACUCACACAGCACUAUUGACCACACUGUCGCUGAUACCAUACUUUUCCACAAGAACGGUUCUCAAGUAGACGAUAUCGCUAGACCCUCGGAUUUCAAUAUACAAAUUUCAUCUAUGCAAACGAAACCCACAAAACCACCGGUUUCCACUUCACCAUCAUCUCCAUCUAUCAUCGUGUCGACACACCGACCGAUAUUUAAACCAGUUUUCAAACCUAAGCCGAACAAGACGAGCACAACGGAAAACUACGUCCAAGUCUCCACAGUAACAAAGGAAACUGAAAAAUCGCCCGAAUUAGUCUCUAUAGAUAGUAUUAUUCAGAUGCUAAACGAAAGUACUCCCAGUAUGAAGGAAGAUGUCAGUUCACCAUCAACACUAGAAGUAAUGGAAACUAAAUCAUCACCCACCACAGCCUCUCCCGUGUCAUAUAGCAGUGGUUACCCAAAUCACUAUUUAUCUACAGGGCACUAUGUGACAAUAAAACCCUCAUCCCUAAAACCUUAUUCAACUACGUCCAGUUAUUCUAAAAAGCCCUUCACUAAAAAGCCGUCUUAUACGACGCCAAACAGCAUACCGCAUGAGGAAAGACCCUCAAGUAAACCAUCUUAUAAGCCAAGUCAAUCAACUAGUGAAGCUAUUGAAGCAUUUAAUAAAUAUCCCACCGAUCCAAAUGAAUUUGGGCAGACAGUUACAACAUUCAGCUACGUAAGUUCAACGACGACUACAACAAAACGCCCAACAACAUCUAGAAAACCUCCUUCCACCAGCUACGUCACUGGUUCGAAGCCUCUGAGAAGACCAAUCACGCCAUCUCCAAAUGAAAUAGAGCCGUUUGACAAUAUCGAUAAUUUCUCUAGCGCGACGCCAACAGUUAUCGUUCUAAACAACAUAACCCCGAAACCGGAAACAACAUCGCAGGAGACGCAAUUCGUCGAAAUAUCGCAGGAACCUUUUAAGAAACCGGUCAGUCAGAUCACUGUUAAUAACCAUAUUGAGUCCACUAAUAACAUAUUCGUCGGCAAGCCAGUAUACGACAAGCCCUCAUCACCCACCAUCGUUAUAACGCCUAAACCAUCACCGACCACCACACCCAUCCCAAUCAGAGCCGGCACCAAACCGAAUCCAUCAACACCGAACUACGAGUUCUACGCUGAAACGACAACAUAUAAAAUAGAACAACAGACGUCGCCAGACGACCUGAUCAAUUUCCCACCUGUAAGAAAUCCGAUGCUUAACGCGACCGGAUCGAACCCGUCGGUGUUUAAUACUAGCAUAUCUAUGAUUGACAAUGAAUUGGAUAUAGACGUCGACUUCUCGACUCCGUCGUGGCAGGAAGACGAGAAACUCAAUGAAAAAAUGAAUCUGUUCGUGAAUAAAAUUGUAGGUAGCUUGCAAGGUACGUUCCAGGAGCUUCACGAUAUUGUUAUACUGGAUAAAAAGCCGAAUAUAACGAGGACAACAAAACCUCCCAGGCGGACGACUACCCGGAAACCGACGACCAAAAAGCCAGUCAGAGUGACAACAACUAGGCGACCGCCCGUUAGGACAACUAAGAGGCCAGUGAGGUUAACGACCGCGGCUAGAAGACCAACAACAACCACGCCUCUACCAACGACAACUCAGACUACCACCACAACUACCACCACGAAAAAACCGGUCACGACAACCAAAAAGCCACGUCCUACGAAAAGGGUGACCACGACCACACCUCUAACUACCACGGUCACCGAAGCCAGCGAGGACGUGACCACGGAGCUCUACUCUGACCAGAGUAUCGACUAUAAUGAUCGAAAUUUAUGUGGAGUCAGACCUCUAAUGAAAUCAGGACGAAUUGUUGGUGGAAAGAACGCUCGAUUUGGCGAAUGGCCAUGGCAGGUUCUGGUCAGAGAGUCAACUUGGCUUGGCCUCUUCACGAAGAACAAGUGUGGAGGAGUGCUGAUCACUAGCCGAUUUGUCACCACCGCCGCGCAUUGUCAACCUGGUUUCCUCGCCUCCCUGGUAGCCGUGUUUGGCGAGAAUGACAUAUCGGGCGACGUAGAGCCUCGCAGACCAGUCGCGAAGAAUGUGAGGCGUGUGAUAGUUCACAGGCAGUACGACGCAGCUACCUUUGAGAAUGACCUCGCUUUGCUGGAAUUGGAUUCUCCUGUUAAAUUCGAUGCUCAUAUUGUACCCAUCUGCAUGCCACCAGAUGAGGCAGACUUCACAGGUCGGGUGGCCACGGUGACAGGUUGGGGUCGCCUCAAAUAUGGUGGUGGAGUACCAGCCGUUCUACAGGAAGUACAGGUGCCCGUGAUAGAGAACAGCGCCUGCCAAGAGAUGUUCCACACAGCUGGACACGCUAAGAAGAUCCUUAGCUCGUUCAUUUGCGCGGGAUACGCGAAUGGACAGAAGGAUUCGUGUGAGGGAGACAGUGGUGGUCCUCUUGUCCUCCAACGCGACGACGGCCGCUGGCAGCUCGUGGGGACAGUCUCCCACGGGAUUAAGUGCGCUGCUCCCUUCCUUCCCGGUGUCUACAUGAGAACUACCUUUUACAAACCAUGGCUUAAAAGCAUCACUGGAGUCAAAUAG